AUGUCUUCGCUUAAGCAGGCUAAGACACAAUUGCGUCGGCAGAUUAAAGAAUCUCUUAGAGCUAUUUCUCAGGAGUCGCUUCAGACACAAUCCAAUGAUAUCCAUAAAAAGUUAUUGGGCCAUCCAGUAUUCCAGAAAGCAACAAAAAUAGCUUUGUACAUGAAUAUGCCCGAUCUGGAGGUCAAAACCGAUGCUAUAAUUCACUCCUGCUACCAGAUGGGCAAACAGGUGUAUUUACCACGUUGCAAGACUGAAGUUGUAGAGGGAAGAAAGAAUUGCCAUUUGGUAAUGCUCAGAGUGCCUAGUUAUGAAGAUGUAAAGGCUCUUAAGCCUCAAGGGAAGUAUCAGCUCUUAGAGCCUAUAGAAGGAGUCGAUGCCAUGGACGAGGGAGAUUUAGACGUGGUGAUUGUACCUGGUGUAGUAUUUUCCACUACCAAACAACGUAUGGGUCAUGGUGCUGGUUUCUACGAUGAGUUCAUAAAGUUUUACAAUUCUAAACACAACAGAAGACCAUAUCUCAUUGGCCUAGGCUUACAUCAGCAGUUUGUCAACUCAUUACCUACAGAGGAACAUGACUGGGAUUUGGACAGUCUUGUUAUAAGCGGGCAUGAUAUCGUGUAUUAG